AAUACCGAUCGAUUGGAACAAAUUAAAGUUCUUCAAAAACUCUUGGAAGUUGCAAAAACACCCUAUCAACAAAUUCGUGUAUUGAUUUCUUUAAUACCUGCACAAUUUGAUUAUAAUCCCAGCAUGAGUAAUUAUAUGAAUGUUGAUAUGUGGAAAAGUACACAAAAAGAAAUCAAUCAAUUAUUAACAAUUCUUGAAGAUAAUCCACAAUUUAUGAUUCAUGAAUAUAUGGAAGAGGAUAUUGAAGAUAAGGAACCAACGAUUGAAGAAGGACAAAUAUUUGGUAUACGUGGUUCGAUUGUUUCAUUCAUAGAUCGUUUAGAUGAUGAGUUCACAAAAUCAUUACAAAAUAUCGAUCCACAUACUACUGAUUAUGUGGAUAGAUUGAAAGAUGAAACAGAUUUGUAUGACACUAUUGUAAGGGGUCAAAUAUAUUUUGAAAAGAAUGAAUUGGAUGAGAGUACAAGUAGAGUUGUUAUGAGAAGGUUGGAACACUUAUAUUAUAAGCCUGAGCAAGUUAUACAAACAGUAGAAAACACCGUUCAACAAUUAUUCCCUGCAGGACUUAAUUCAAAAAUAACUAUAUCAUCCACAUCUAGCAAUGAUUCAUCAGAUUUAAUUCACGCACUUUGCGUUUAUCUUUACAAGAAAGGAGAGUCAUUGCUACGUACACGUGCUAUGCUUUGUCAUAUUUAUCAUCACGCAUUACAUAAUCGCUUUUAUGUUGCUCGUGAUAUGCUCUUGAUGUCACAUUUGCAAGAUAAUAUUCAUCAAAGUGAUGUAGGAACCCAAAUUUUGCACAAUCGCACAAUGGUGCAAGGUUUGCAAAUGCAGAGAUAUUCCCAACUCCCAAUGGAGCAAGAAAAAUUAGAUCGUCAACGUCAAUUGCCAUUCCAUAUGCAUAUUAAUUUAGAAUUAUUGGAAUGUGCAUAUUUAACAUGUUCAAUGCUUUUAGAAAUUCCCAGUAUGGCAGCGGCAGGAUCAAAUCCUGAGGCACGCAAAAAAAUUAUUAGUAAACCUUUCAGGAGAAUGUUAGAUUAUAAUGAAAGACAAGUCUUUAGUGAUCAUAUUAUGGGCGCAGCCAAAGCACUUGCAGCAGGAGAAUGGCAAAAAUGUCAAGAACUUAUAAGCGCGAUUAAAAUUUGGGAUUUGAUGCCAGAAACACCAAAAAUAAAAGAAAUGUUGAAUAGAAAGAUUCAAGAAGAAGGACUUCGCACAUAUCUAUUCACAUAUUCGGCAUAUUAUGAAACUUUAGGGCUUGAGCAAUUAGCCACAAUGUUUUCAUUACCGAUAAAUAUAGUAACAGCUAUUAUUUCUAAAAUGAUAUGGAAUGAAGAAUUAGUUGCAUCAUUAGAUCAAGUUGAUAAUGUUGUCGUAUUACAACGAGUUGAGCCGACAAAGGUUCAGCAGUUGGCUUUAAUGUUUGCUGAAAAGGCAGCAACAUUC